CGAACAACCGUACCGUCGAAUGUAGUGCAGAGCGCCACAUUAACGGAGAGGCUCUGGUUUCACGGGGCGAUCCCGGGCACGUUGCGCUCUCUCGAGAAAUUGUUAGCAAACGCAAAAAAAAUGAUAAGAUACUCUCCUUCCCAAGCAUCGCAUUGCAUCCCUUCCCAUCCCAUUUCGGCCAAACUGUGAGAGGGAUCCAUUUCUUGAGGUCUGAACGAACAAAAAAGUGCUGGAGCCGAUUCGGUUUAUUCCACGAUUUGUACGGGAAAGUGUAAAAUUUGAGAGCUUCAUUUGAGACCCGAAACGUGUCAAUGGCCGGAUAGUUUUUUACAUCUGUUUCCUCUAGUCGCGGUCUAGCUUUAAGUUGGCUUUAAGAUGGCCCGUGUGUUCAAUGUGAUCAGUGACGAAUUGGCCCGAGUGUUCGGUCAAAAGCCCAAAUGUGAUAGUGAAGGCCAAUUGUUUGACUGUGACAACUCAACCCGUUUGUCAGGAGACUUGAUCUUUGAUACCCCAUCCGAAUCCAGCACACCCCAAUCCGAGGAUUAUACCAUAGUCUACGGCUCGACGGUGCACAAAAUGAACCAAUCUGAAGCGGAGGACUUGAUGAAGGCCCACCCAGGCGCCAAAAUAACCAGCCCACAGAGCCCGAUUGUGCCAAGGAAGGGAGCCAAUGACCCUGAAGAACACCCUCCUCCGCCAACUGGAUCUCCAGAACUCGGGGGAUUCACCUAUAGACCCUUGAAGGUGAAUCAAAGUGAAUCCGACGACUUGGCAGCCUCGUCCUCCAAUGAGGUGGCCUCUGCCCGGAAUUUUGCAUCCUCCGGGUAUCCAUACAACUCUUACUACCCGAGUUACAACUCCUACUCAUCGUCUUAUAACACCUACCCAUCCACAUACUCCUCGAGAGGGGGGUAUUCAACGGGCUACCCCGGCACUUAUGUGGCCCCCCCUCCACAAUACUCGACCCAAUCGUAUUCACCCAACCAGAACAUGUAUGGAGGCUACAGUGGACGACAGUUUGGAGGCAUGUACGGCAGCUUUUCCGGUCACGGUUACGGCGGAGGACAUUGCUGCAAGGAUGAUAACUUGAUCGAGUUGUUGGCCUUAGGCAUAGCAAUCAUGGCCUUGAUGGCUGCUAUGGCGAGAAGACGCAGAAAGAGAGAUGUGUCUGAACAGGACGAGUGGCGACCUCCUAAUACGUUUGUUCAAGAAUUUCUGGAUAAUAUUCACUUUUUGGCUGGAAAAGGUCUUGAGGAGUUCGAAGACAAAGUUGACAAGCUCGCCCAUGGCCAAGGAGAUGAGAACUCAUGGAUUGGCAACCUCUACCACAAGUUCAAGGGAUCUUUCAUGGGCGUGGAGGGCAACACCAUCGAGCAAGACGGUCUGGAGCCCCCAAUCCUUGACGACAAGUGGGGUCUGGGCGAUGUUCAUACCCUUUUCUCCGAGAACAACUCUACUUUGACCGUUGACAACUCCACCGUGGCCUCCAACGUCACUGAGCACUCCAUUUCUAAGCGCGCAUUGGAAGAUGAGGAUGCCGAAUUCUUGGAGGAAACCGCCGAAGACGAUGAGUUUGUCAAGAGCCUCUCUGGAGAUGCCAAGUGCCGCACCAAGUUCUGGAGAUGCGUCGGCAAGGUCGCCAAGGGCUCCAUCCACUACAUGCAAGAACCCGGCGGUAUCUCCGGUGCUUUCCAAAAGACCAUGUUCCGUAUGGCUUUCCACGGUGGAUUCGGCAAUGUCUGGAACGCUCUCAUGACUAUCCCAGAGGCUCGUCGUGUCAAGAGAUGCUUGAACGCUCAAGAGGAAUGCAUGAGCUACGAGGCCCUCCGCAUGGAGUUGGACGCCGGUUCCGAGUUCGCUGAUGAGCACACCAACAAGCAACGCCUCAUUGUCAAUCCCGAGCUGGUGGAGAACCAGGACACAAGCGACGGCUCUGAGCAGUACAGUCCUGAGGUUCAAGCCUCCCUCGACAACAAUGAAAUCUAGAUCGUCUCGUUCCAAACGAAGAACCCCCGAUUGCCAUGGAAACGCCGACUUUCCCAUCAUGUGUCUGUCUGUUGACUCUUUUCGAUCUUCUCCCAUUCUCUUCAUCAUACUCUUUAUCUCUUGUUAUGAAGCCUUACCUUUGGUAUGGUUUGCAAAUGGAUUCGUGGGAGAGAUUUGUAUUCUCCCAAGACUUAAACUUCCAUUGGAGGGCCUGGAACACAAAACCCCCAAUUCCUAAAAAAAAUGAAAGAUGACAUAUCUAGCCAAGUUGACUUUUUCCUGGAAAAGCACGCACCUACUACUUCGAUGGUUGACGUCCUUGUUCCUGGAAAAACAACAACCAUAAUAUGUGAAUCUCACAUGUAUUUUCUGUGCAGCUACAUGUUUUACAAACGCCUCAGCCUCUUCCUUUUUCCAUAUAAAUGUAAAAAAGUGAUCAUUAUCCCUGACGAUAAGGAUCCACAACAUAUCAAUGAGCAGCUAAAAGAAAACUCAUCUGUGAAAAAUAAUGUCAAGCAUAGUAAUUCUAAUUCCAUACCUUAUAGAAUGCCCCCGUUAGGUUUUUUCCAAUUCUUUAAUUUUUGAUACUCUGCGUAUUUUCAAUUUGUAACCCUUCGCCAUACAAAACCAUUUCCUCUCCUUCUUUUUGGUACAUCUGUGAUCUAAUCAGUAUUAUGCCAUCAUCUCCUCUUCACUUACUAAAUCUGUGCAAUACGAAUACCAGCUCCUCACAUGCAACCGAAAUGUGUUCAGACAGUAUUCUGGGACCAACGCUUUAAGUAAAGAAUGUAACGUAACUGAUCCACUGAAUCAAUGUGCAAUAAUAAUCAAUGGAAACUCAGUAUUAUUAUUGGUGUCAUGAUAAAGGGAUGAGAGUUCUUUCUCUCUUGCAAUCAUCCUACUUUCCUGAUCAUGCCAACUUCUAUUUUACUACUAUACUACUCCGUAAGCCCUCCCCCGCUAAUUCGUCUUAGUAUUGUUCCAAUUUGUAUACAA